CUUCUUUUGACAUUACGACGUCAACGUGAUUCGAUCUUUUUCCGCUUUGAGCUCUGAAGAUGGCGGUCGGUAAAAAUAAGGGUCUCUCUAAAGGAGGUAAAAAAGGUGGCAAGAAGAAGGUUGUAGAUCCCUUCUCGCGCAAAGAUUGGUACGAUGUGAAAGCACCAAACAUGUUCGUGACCCGCCAAAUUGGCAAAACUUUGGUAAACCGCACCCAGGGUCAAAGAAUCGCAUCCGAUUACUUGAAGGGCCGUGUGUUCGAAGUAUCUUUGGCCGAUUUGCAAAACGAUAACGAUUCUGAUCGCUCUUACCGCAAGUUCCGUUUGAUUGCUGAAGACGUCCAGGAUCGCAACGUACUUUGCAACUUCCAUGGCAUGGACUUGACCACAGAUAAGUACAGGUCUAUGGUUAAGAAAUGGCAAACACUUAUCGAAGCCAUUGUUGAGGCUAAGACCACUGACGGUUACAUGCUCCGUGUAUUCUGCAUUGGUUUCACCGCUAAGGAUCAACAAUCUCAUCGUAAAAAAUGCUACGCUCAGCAGUCCCAAGUGCGUAACAUUCGUUCAAAGAUGACUGAAAUCAUCACCAACGAUGUGACCAGCUCUGAUUUGAAGCAAUUGGUGAACAAACUGGCUCUUGACUCCAUUGCCAAGGAUAUUGAGAAGAAAUGCCAACGCAUCUACCCAUUGUACGAUGUUUACAUUCGCAAAGUAAAGGUAUUAAAGAAGCCCCGUUUUGAUCUGUCCAAAUUGUUGGAAUUACACGGUGAUGGUGGCAGCAAGGGUACAGACGCCGUUGUCUCUUCGGAAGGUGCUGUUGUUGAAAGGCCCGAGGGUUAUGAACCACCUGUGCAGGAAUCCGUUUAAAAUUUUUAAUAAAUUAAAAGUUUGAUUUUAUAAUGUAGAUGAUACAAUGGAAAGAAAAACCAAAACUCGCAGAUAGGAGUUUUGCCUAAAACAAUAAA